UGGCUGCAGGAACAUCUCUCCAUUCAGCUUUCAUCGGCGCGUGUGGACGGGGCUCGCUCGGACCAGCGCUGUGUCCGAGAAAGGUCGAGGUGUGUGCGCGCUGGGUCCGGAUCUCCUCCUCCGCGGACUGCGUCCCCAAAUACACCGCCGGUGCAGCUUCAUCUCUGGGCACAUUUCCUUGGGGAAUAUAAAACGUCGUUUUUUUGUUUUGUUUUUGUGCCCGUUUCCCACCGCGCACGCUUCCGCUGGGUUGCAUCUGAGCCCCUUUUACCUCGUCAUUAAGACAACGGGCUUUUAUCCCAAGACCAUCUAUGAAUAGGGAAACUCUCCGAUGCAAAUGAAACGUCAAGGACAGCACCCUGUGAGCUUAUCUUCAAGAGGGCAGUGUAAAAUUGUCAACAGGCGGCUGUGCAUCUGUGGCCAUUUGAUCACUUGAGAGGAGCAAAACCGUUGGAGCCGGUCCAUCGUGAGCCCAUGAAAUUAGUCAUGCAGCCUGCUGACCCACAUUUGAGACUUCAGCUGAGGGAAAAGGCAACCAGGAAGUUAUAAAACAGAAACAUCCAUAGGAAGUGGGAAGUAAUUGAGGGUUGAAAUGUACGGUUUCUAAUUGUACGGACAGGGUCAGGCAGGCGGGCUAAUCUUCUGCGUCUUGCUGGCAUGGAGGAGAGGAGACACCAUUCCCCCAUAGCUCCUCACCGCCUCACCUCCUCCUCCACAUGUGAUUUGCCUUCAUACUAGUCCCUCUACUUUCACGAGUUCACAACGGGCUGGUCCAUCCGGAUGAAUGAGGACCUUUAAUGGAUCAGGCUUCUUGUCAUGCGUCCACGGCAAAGUGGCAUCACAGGCAACACGUACUGCAGCACGACAUGCGUGGACCCGAGGAGGUGGUGGGCAACUGGUCCGCGCUAGGUUUUUCCAAAAGAGUGUUCAGACGAGGUCAGCGCGGAUGGGAUUUCGCAGACUCCAGAAAGGGCCUGGCUGGGAACGGGAGUGAGUAUGGACAACCUUUCUGACUUCGGGGGUCCCUGUCCAUCCACCCGCAGGGAAUGGGACACCAACAGCGGCGUGGACGAUUUAAUGGAUGACGAUGAUAAAGACAGAGCAAAAAGGGCUUCUCGGAACAAAUCGGAAAAGAAAAGAAGAGACCAAUUCAAUGUGCUCAUCAAGGAGCUAUGCACCAUGCUGCAGGGUCAAGGCCAUCCGCGCAAGAUGGACAAGUCCACCAUACUGCAGAGAACUAUUGACUUCUUGCAGAAACAGAAAGACAUCACUGCGCAGAACGAAACGUGCGAUGUGAGGCAGGACUGGAAGCCCUCAUUCCUUAGUAAUGAGGAGUUCACUCAGCUAAUGCUGGAGGCCCUCGAUGGUUUCCUGGUGGCACUAACGACAGAUGGCAACAUCAUAUACGUAUCUGACAGCGUGUCUUCACUCAUUGGCCAUUUACCGUCAGAUAUGGUGGACCAAAAUAUCUUGAAUUUCCUUCCGGAGCGGGAACACGGGGAGGUGUAUAAGCGGCUAUCAUCCCACAUGCUGAUGACUGACCCCACUGCUGCUGACUUCCUUGACAGCGAGGCACAUAUUGAAUUUUGCUGUCAUCUGGCCAGAGGUAACAUUGACCCAAAGGAACCGCCUGUGUAUGAGUACGUCAAGUUUGUGGGAGAUUUCAAGUUUCAUAACAAUGUGCCUACAUCUUGUAACGGGCUGGAUUUGGCGUUACCAAGAAGCCUUCAGUCAUCUCUAGAGGAGCAGGUGUGCCUCAUUGCUACUGUACGAUUAGUCACGCCACAGUUUGUAAAGGAUUUGUGUAAUGUGGAAGAUCCCUGUGAUGAGUUCACAUCCAGACACAGCCUUGAAUGGAAGUUCCUGUUUUUAGAUCACAGAGCGUCACCGAUCAUUGGAUAUUUACCGUUCGAAGUUCUUGGAACUUCUGGCUAUGAUUACUAUCACGUGGAUGACUUGGAGCUUAUAGCUCAGUGUCAUAAGCAGCUAAUGCAAUUUGGAAAGGGUAAAUCCUGCUACUAUCGCUUCCUGACCAAAGGGCAGCAGUGGAUUUGGUUGCAGACUCACUAUUACAUCACUUACCACCAGUGGAACUCCAAGCCCGAGUUCAUCGUCUGCACUCACAGCGUUGUCAGUUAUGCUGAGGUGCGAGCUGAGAGGAGGAGAGCGUUUGGCUUGGAGGAGCCGUCUCCACCCGAGAUCGCUCCCUCGUCCGUGAAGGCUCAGGAGCUGUACUUGGACAUCUGCUCCACACUGGACCCUCCGCAGGAUAGAAACAGCGGCGCACGUUCGGUAUCGUCCCACAGCUCCCGGAAGUCCUCCCACACGGCCAUGUCGGACUCUGCAUCACCUAACUCCUACACAGAAGCCUGCACGCCAUCAUGGCAGUCUGCUUCCAUUGGGACAGAGAAGACCUCUGCCAGACUACAACCCAGCAGUUCAAAGAAUUUGGCACAAAGACAAAAUUCCUUUGACCUCGUUCCCCAACUGAGCCUCCCCCUUUCUCCCACCUGCAGCAAGCACUCCACAAUGCAGCAGCAACAACAACAGCAACAGCAACAACAACAGCAGCAGCAGCAGCCCAUGGAUGAGCUGCAGCAGCCCCAGCUCUGUGUAAUGAACCAGCUGAAGGAGCAGCUGGAGGAGAGGACGCGCAUUCUGCAAGCUGACAUUAAGACGCAGCAGCAGGAGCUGCACGACAUUAAGGAGAAGCUUCAACUUGCUAAUCUCCAGAUGUUGUUACAGCCGCCUAUCCAAAAUGACUUUGGCCAGGCCCAGCAGCAGCAGCAGCAGCAACCCUCCCAGCAGAACCAGGGAGGGUUGACCAGGCAGCACUCAGGCCACUCUAAACCAUCGUCCUGCGGGGCCCACAAUUCAUCCCCUCACUUAGUCCUGAGAGCGAACAGCUCACCCUCAACACAGCAGGUCCAGCAGAGGAUUGCACGGAGCGGGCCGGCUCAGUCGGUGAGCGUGCCCGUGCAGGCGAACACGAACGUCACGAUGCCGUUCUACAGCAACCCCAUGAUGUUCUCUCAGACCAACACCAGGUCUCUGCAGGAUGUGAACCAAAGACGCACAGACGGCGAGUUCAACCAAGAUGGACAACUACGCAUGCUCCUCAACCAGCCGAUGCAGGCGCUGGUUCCCGCUAACAGUGUCACCUCGCAGCCUUCCCAGUGCACCACGGGCAUCUCCCAAACCAUAUACACCUUGGAGCAGCAGAUCAUCGCCCCGUCAUUCUCCAUGCAACAGGUCAACUGCAACGCCGUCCUCGUCCCCUCCCCGGUCUUCACGUCCCCCAUAAUGAUCCCACACAACAGUUUCAUCGCAAACCAGUCCCCGGCGGCCUACCAGACUCAGCCUCAGGCCUCUCAGCACUCCCUGCAGCUCCAGCAGCCCCAGCAGUUCUUUCAGAUGGCUCAAGGACUUCUACACGGUGGAUCUACUCCAGCCUUCCUACACACCACUAACGUCCCACAGCAAAGCACUGUGGGAUACAUCCAGCAGCAGCAGCUGCCGCAGGCGCAGCAGCAACAAAGGCAAUACCAACAUUCCCAAAACCAGACUGGCAGUGUUACAGACUUCCGAAAUCUGCUGACUCGGUAGCGCGUCGGUACCGUGUUAGAGCGCCGAGAUCUCCCGCCGUGUCGUCGGCAGUGCGUUGUGGCAUUUGGAAGCGAAACCCGACGCCAAGUUCUACCCUGGAGAUGCCUGAAAGUGACCUCAGUCGCUGUCUGGCUGCCCGUUCAGAGGAAGCGGGUCCAGUACGCCACCGGAGGGAAAACCACAAGCAGAGGCUGCACUGACCGAACGUCAUCUGCGGGACCCGAGGAGAGUCUGAGGGGCUCGGCCUCCAUCAGUCGUCAAGCGGUGAAACUGCUGGAAGAAGUGGAUUAUCAAAGCUCUCAAUAAGACACCGCGGUCACGUGGAAGUGGUUCAUCUGAAAGUUUCCUUUUAGUGUUUGCACUUUUGUCCCGCCCCCUACAACAAGGUAGAAUAUUUACUUUUGCCCCUGAAUUAAUGUUCUACUUUCCUCCCUGAUAACACGCCUCCCCAGGGACAAUCACCCCCCCCCCCCUCCUGCUCCAGUAUAAACGGCUCAUCUCAACAAAGAUGAUUUUUGAUCAACUUCAAUGUUUAUUUCAGCGGACAGACAUCCAACGUCGCUCCCAUUCUGACCUCCAAACAAUCCUUUACGUGCAGCUACAUUCGCGGCACGUGGCUGGAGAGGGGCUUCAUUGUGGAACAGGCGGCGGCGAGGUGACCGAAAUGGAACGCGACUCUACACUGGGGGGGGGGGGGGGGGGAUAUGCUCCAACUGUUAGAAAGUUCUAUCUAGAUUUUUAAAGCCUCAAUCUGGGACUGCAGGAGGGAUGCCGCUACGACUGUCGCACCACUUUUCACUGACAAAGGACAGCAAAGCUCUGAGGUCCGGAUGAGCUGUGCAGCACGAGUCCUUAAAGCAGCUGCCAGAGGGGGAGGAAUGUGCCUUUCACCGCGGUGCGGUGCGCCCACGCUGCGGUUCGAUCGCUGUGCCCGAUUACGGCUUUAAAAAUCCAGCUCAGGUCUAUUUGGAAAACAAAGUUAUAUUUUCAUAGGUCAUCAUUUUGUUUUCCGCAUCAAAAUUAAACAAAUGACGUCUAGAUUUGUAACGGAUGAAUUACAAAUAUAUAUAUCGGAUGCUUUUUCGCAACCUUUCCAAACUCUUUUUGAACCCUUUAUAUAUUGAUGGUAGUUUAUAACUAUUUACAGAAACCCCAAAUCACUUCAUGUUUAUUUAUUUCGUACAGUAUAUAUUUGAAACAAUAUAUGGGAUUAAGAAACUAGUUUUGUACUCAAAGAUUUGAAUUGAUUUGUUCAACGGUCACAUCUUCGUGAGUUAAUAGUUUAUUAACACAACAGUGCUCAUCUUGGUCAUUUAAAUAUCCUGGAGGAAUGAUUUAGGAGAUAUUCUGACCGCUACCUGGAUAUCUGAACAGUAUUACCCUGUUUUAUUCUCCAUUCCUGUUUCCUUUCGUCAUUCUUUAUUUAUUUAUUUACCAUUCCACCAUCUGAGAAAUCAACGCUCUAAUCGUAACUAAAUGAGCUCAUUUACCAGAAUACAACACAUCACUUCCAGUGUAAUAUGGUCGUAAAAACUAAAAUAAUGCAAGUUUUUAUUCCCCCUGAAAAUACAGAGGCCUCUCAUGUAUUAUUGAUUGAAAUAUCGGAACAAAAACGGCUCAAUGUUGAGAGAUUCUCCUAUGAAGCUUCUUGUAACUGCAAAACGGUCAUUUUAAAUAUACACUUCAGUUCCAUUGCAGCGCUGCACUGAUGGUGAGGCUGGACCAACACGAGCAGCGCGCUCGCAUCUCUCAUCAGUUACAACCUGACGACAAAGUCUGACUUCAUUAUUCUCAUUUCAAAAUCAAUCUUGGAAAUUUGUACCUGGAUCCCACAACUCUGUUUAUCGUGACCCGGUGUGUGUCCUGAACGUCUCACUACAGAACUUGUGCUGAUGCUCAGCGGAACCGCUGGGUCCGGGUUCACCCCAUCAGGGCCGGUGCUGUUCAUCGUGGACGACAAGCACUCGACAUGUACGCGCAGCGUCGUUUCACACUUUGUGCAAUGUCAAUUUGAAAAAGAAUAAUGUUAAUUUAUAAUGUUUAAAAUGUUUCACGACUGAUGUACGAUGUGUGUAUAUAUAGAGGUGUAUAAUAAGCCAUUGUACCAUGUAAAUUAUAUGAAAGUAUUUUUUUAAUGAAAGUGUUCUAACAUUCCUCCAACUGUUUAUCGGCACUGUCCCUGUGUGUCCAGCGGUAAUGUGGUGCAGAGAAAUUAUUCAUGAAAAAAGAUUAAACGAAGACUGAAACCUUACGGCAAGUAAAAGGUCUCUAAAGGGGGAUUUUAUCUUCUUUUUUUUAAGUUAAAAGGGUUUUAGCGGUUUAGCGUUUAAGAAAAAGUGCAAUUGUUCAUCAUCAAGAUCCGUUUCAGACGGUUGAGGGACGUCUCAGUCAAGUGUAUUUUUAUUUCUAUACAGCCACGUGUGGAUUAGCGAGUGAAGUUCAGCUCAGCCAGCAACUCAGAGGUGCCAUAAACGACUACAUUUUUUUACUCUCCCUCUUUUCUCCAUUUAUGUUCAAUCACUGAAAUGCACCUAAAGAUAAUUUUGGGAAACUACCGUUUUCAACCUUUCAGUUGCAGUAACACUUCCCCUUGAGGUCGUUUCAUUUCAUCAGUCAGUUCAGUCCAGGUUUGUCUCCAGCGGUCACCGUACGGCUGCCUUGCACAGGAGGUCCCGGGAAAGACGGAUUAUUAAACUCAUGUUGAGAUGCUUCAUGCAUUCUGCUCCAGAUGUGGAGUAAGCCCGAAUUUGUUUUGCUGUGGACAAGUCACCCAGUGACCGCCACAUGUUUGGAGGCACGAUGGUUUUUCCAGCGUGGACUGCUUCAGACGUUAUUGUAAAUAAUCUCUGCUCUGCCGGAACCGUUCGUCUUGUAGUCCCUAACGGUAUUUGCCGCACUUUUUUUCUGUUUACUUUUUAAAUCCAAUUUCACAGUGCGUUCCUCCUUCAUGGGGCUUUUCGUUGUCAUUGUUUUUGACGGCAUGUGAUUUACAUUUAACUCGUCCUUUUCUGGUUUUGUAAAAUAGCGACUGAUACCUUAAAUGGAAGCGUGGAGUCCAAAUUCUGUUCGACAUUUGCCAGGACGCGAACAAAAAGAACCCGGCGCAGCUUCAGUGCAGAAACAAACAUUGAAUAUAUUGUAUCAUAGAAUGUAAAAAAAUAUUGAGACUAUAUAUAUAUAGUUUAUUUUAUAUGUCUAAGAUUAUGGAUGUGAAAUGAUUUUAAAAUUAAAGUAAUUUUGUAACAGAUAAUGAAGUGUCUUAUUAGGAGCUGAGGCUUCCCCCCCCCCCCCCCCCGUUUCAAGUUGGUGUUGCACAGUCACUUGUACGGCGUGUUUUCUUUCUGUAUUCAUCAACAAUAUCGUUAUUGUUUUAAAAGAAAUUAACAGAUUAAGUUUACAUUCUAAAAUAUUAUGAUAUACAUAGAAUUAUUUAUAAAUCAACGUGGAUAUUGUGAAAUAUUUGCAAAUAAAUAUUUUUAAACAUA